CUCACACUCGUGUCUUGAUCUGCUCGCCCGCCACUCUCCUUCAUUGUCCGCCCUCUUCGCGCCUUUCCGUCUCGCCGCGUCUGACCCGUCUGCCGCGCCGCACAGCGCAUCCCUCGCGCGUCUGCUGCCCCAGCAUCGAGCCCGCACACACACCGAGCGCGCGAGCCGGCCAGCGCGCCCGCCAGCCCCGCCAUGGGCUUCUCCUUUCUCUCCUACGACGGCAUCUGCGACGGCGUGGCGCUCGUCGUGUGCCCGCUGCUCGGCGACUCGGGCCUCGGCAUCGAGCCCAAAUGCUACUCGCGCAACGUCGAGAUCAACAGCACCCUCAUCUUCCAGCCCGCCACAUGUUUCAUCCACAUUGCCGCGCUCGUCAUGACGGCGAUCAUGGUGUACCACAUUCGCAGCAAGUACACAGCUGUCGGGCGCAAGGAGAUCGUACUCUUCUUCUACCUGUACGCCGUCUCUGAGAUGCUCGCCAUCUUCCUCGACUCGGCCAUCAUCCCCACCUAUUCGCCCGUCUACUCGGUCUUCACGGCCAUCUACGUCGGGCUGGGCACGAGCAUCUUCUGGUGCCUGCUCAUCAACGGCUUCGUCGGCUUCCAGUUCGCCGAGGACGGCACGCCCAAGAGUCUUUGGUUCCUGCGGAUAUCCUCGUUUGUGCUCUUUGCGCUUGGCUUCCUCGUCGCCUUUGCCACGUUCAAGGGCGCCGCGGGCAUGUCGCCCACGAAGACGCAGGGCCUGUGGAUCGUGCAGCUGCUCUUCCCCGCGGUGUGCGUCGUCAUCUACGUCGUGUCGCAGGUCGUGCUCGUGCUGCGCACGCUCGACGACCGCUGGCCGCUCGGCGACAUCACGUUUGGCGUGCUCGCCUUUGUCGCCGCAUGCGUGCUCAUGUUCGGCUUCUCGACGCAAAUCUGCGUUGCCGUCAAGCACUACAUCGACGGCACCUUCUUUGGCGUGCUCUGCCUGCUCUUCUCCGUCAUGAUGAUCUACAAGUACUGGGACUCGAUCACCAAGGAGGACCUCGAGUUCUCUGUUGGCUCCAAGGCGGCCGUGUGGGACGUCAAGGACCCUCUGCUGGGUCCGGGCGAUGUCGACGUCAUGGGCCCCGGCUCCAUCUCGACGCACGAGAGUGCCUUUGCCGCACCCCCGCCGCUCGGUGGCGGCGGGCGCAUGGGCAGCCCCGGCGCGCCCUCGGGGCGGUUGGCGCCCGGCAAGUCGGGCAUGGGAUACCCGCCGCAACCGAGCAGCUACUAGGCGGCCCCUGCGAGCCCCUCACUCGGCUUUGCGAGCGUCCGCUUCCAGCGUCUGGGACGCCUACGCACGACAUCCACAUCUCUUCUGCAUCCUUCUACGUCCUCGACCCGCCCUCGUCCCGGCUCCGCAGCUAAUGUUCUCCCCUUCACAUCCCUGUCCAUGCGUGCUUCGACUCUGCACCCACAUCCGCCUCGAUGUCUGACUAUCAUGAGCUGACCUGAACACACGCUUUGAUCUAC